GAUUCCUGUUGUGUCUUGUGUAGUUUUAUGUCACUCAGUCACUCCUCACUCCUACAUUUUAAGUUGUGUUUGGUUGUGUAUCUGAAUUUAUAGUUUAUAAUCACCCAUGUUUUAAAGAAAACUUACUGUUUUUAUUUUUACAAAAUGAAGAAUACUAUUUGUUGGCAGCUGUAUUGUGUUUUUUUCUUAAUAUUUGCAGCUACAAAUGGGCAGCAACCCAGGUUGGAGAUCCAACCCAGUGGAUCGGUAGUUACUAAAGAGAUUGGAGGUAGCUUAGUUUUGACUUGUCGACCUAAGGUUCCGGAUCCUUCACUGGUAACUUCUUUAGAAUGGAAAGAUAAAUAUGACAGGAAAAUUGAUUCAUUUAACCGAGCAAGUCCGAUAUACGUUCAGAAUUUACCUGGCGAACCUGGAAUUAUUUUAAUAUUUUCCAGUUUGACUGAGAAUCAAGCGGGAAAAUAUACUUGUUCCUGUUUUUAUGCUAAUACCGAACCGCUCAGUGCAUCUGUUGAAGUGACAACAUACGAGGAUAUCAGUUUUGUCGACGCUCCCGAAAACCAGUAUUCGAUCGCAGGUCAGGAUUUCAAAGUAAAAUGUAAAACCAAGGGAAACCCGACACCAACAAUUGACUGGAACAAGAACAAUCAAGCAAUUCAAACCAAUGAAAAAUUCGUGGUCGAUACUGACGAACUACUUAUUAAAAAUGUGACGGAAGCAGAUGACGGCGUCUACACUUGCACUGCUAUCGAAACCUUCACAGGACACAUCAAAACCAGAAAUAUUAAGGUUGAAGUUCAAGUUCCUCCAAAAAUUGAACCAAUAGAACCCGUAACAAUUAUAGAAGGUGACACUGCGUCGAUCAAAUGCUUGGCUACUGGCAAGCCUCCACCAACAUACCAAUGGAUUAAACUUAAAACCCGUGAAGAUUUAUCCACUACCGAUCGAUUUGAAGUAAAGAAAAACACAGGGGAGCUUAUUGUAAACAGGAUAGAAUUCGUAAAUGACGACGGCUUAUACAAAUGUAUUGCUGAAAAUAGUGUGGCUCGAGUGGAAACAACAGUAAGAAUCGAUGUGCUCGUACGACCAAGGAUAUACGAAUUGUUAAACGUUACGGCACCCGUAAGCAGGCAGACAGAAAUUAUCUGCAAGGCUUCUGGUAGACCAAUUCCAAAAAUUACUUUUAGAAAACUAAAUCGAAAAGAUUCAUUCAAACUUGGUAGGCAGCCUGAUGAUGAUAGAGUAAUACUGGAACAGCUACGUAUAUCAGAUAAUGGCGAAUCUUUGGGAAAACUGAUCAUUUCAAACUUAAGUAGACCUGAUGAUGGUCUCUAUGAAUGUAUUGCAGAGAAUACAGUGGGAAAAGCAUAUAAAAACGGUCAUAUAACUGUAGAAUUUCCUCCUACCUUCGCGAGAACCAAGGACUUGCCACCUGUGUGGAGUUGGGAUAACAGGCCUGGUAAUUUAACAUGUCUUCCUGAAGCCAUACCCAACGCUACAAUCAUGUGGAAAUACGGAGACAUCGAAAUUCACGACAAUAAUAAUUUCAAAAAAAUAGGAAAUGGUCCUGUCUCGUAUCUUAUAGUAACACCAUAUAAUGACAGGAGGUUUUUUACCCAAUACGAAUGUAUAGCUCAAAAUAAAUUAGGCUUGGCGAGCAUAAAGUUGCAAUUGAAACAAGCUUUCGUACCAGAACCUAUCUCGCAAGCCAAACCAGAAUUCAUUACAGCUACUAGUAUAAAAUGGAGUCUAAUUCCCGCUAACAAUUUUGACGGAUUACCUCUGAGAUCCUUUACAGUAAAAUAUAAACCGGAACGACAAUUGUCGUGGGAUUAUGCCCGUAAUUAUACAUGGAGUUAUGGAGCUCCGUAUAUCCUUGAAAAUCUCGUACCAGAAGAAACCUAUCAUUUUCAAUUCGCUGCUAAAAACGAUGUUGGCAUGGGUGCGUUUGCAAAUGCCCCGACUAUAACCAUGCCUAGAAGAUCAGCACCAUCAGAACCAAAAAUGAUACUCGAAAACAAUAGAAUAGAUCCAGAUGGAAACAAUAGGGAUAUCGUAGUACCUAGUCCUUAUGCUGAUCAUUUUGAGAUACGAUGGAGUGUUCCGAACGACAACGGUGAUCGCAUUAUGAAUUAUUUUAUAAGAUAUUGUGUGACCGAAAAAGUAAAUGGAAACUGGCAGGACCGCGACUGCGUGGAACAAAUCGAAAGAUCCACCCAAUACACUAGUUACGAACUGCACAAUUUACAUUCCGAUACGAUUUAUAAAGUUGAGGUGCGCGCGCAUAAUUCUAUUGGUGAGAGUUUACCCGCACAAGUUAAAUUCAGAACGGCCAGAGGAUUUGACCCCAUUGCACCGGUUCGUCAUCCCGCCAUGAGUAGUGCCGCUAUUAUUGGUAUAGCGGUUGCCGUUAUUAUCGUGGUUCUUAUCGUUAUGGAUAUCACCUGUUUCUUCAUAAACAAAGUGGGCAUAAUAGCUUUAUGCUUUAAUUCUAGAUCGAAACAAAGUGACGAGGACGAUCCUAAGUUGGGAAGUUUAUACAGUUGGCGUUUUCCCGUGCCUUAUUGCAGUUACAAGGCAGCGCCGGCUCACCCUAGCAGCUUGAACCUACCGCAACCGAUUAAGUUGACAACGAGUCCCAUCGAUGAACGAGAACCUUUACACGAAGUCAACCCUACGACGGUAGAAUUCGAUGGAAAAUCUGUUCAAACCAAGUCUGGAGAAUUUAUUGGAAAGCAUUCAGCAGUCUGAAAAAUAUACUUAAUUUUCGCCGAAGGUCUAUAAAAUGAGAUGGCUUCCAAAAGUUACCACUAGUCAGUAAUAUUAAUCCUGAAAAUAGCGUGAUACUGAUCGAAACCGCUAGACUUAGAAUGACGGAAGUGUUAUUUGAAAGAAAUUCAAAACCCUUGUGGGUAAAAUUUGCGGUUUUUGCCUGUUGUAAGUAGUUUUUGCCGGAUGAUUAGUUUUAUUAGUUUAAAUGUACAGGUAUUGCAUAUAAUAAGACUGAACCUAGAUAUACACAAUGCACAAGGUAAACGUGUGUCUUUUUUAUUUAUAUGUUUCGUUAUUGUGACUGUUUAUAUUUUCUAUAAUAUUUUAUAUAAACAAUUGUACUUAUACGUUUGGUAAUUAUAUUUUAAAUAUUUGAGUGUGCAAUACUUAUAAAUUCAUUGUAACACGGUUGUAAAAAUGUACUUUGUAUUUAUAUUUGUGUAUAUUAUACAUAACAGUAUUUCGACAUAAGGCAGCUGUAAUGUUUAUAUUGUGUGGCAACAUUACUUAUUAGCUGUACUUUUUUACCCAUGGCUUUUAUUUACCAAAUAUACAAUAUAUUGUAUUUUAAUAAAAAUUUAUCUGAAUAAUU